AUGUCGUUCAAGGCGCUCUUGAACACUAUACUAGGGCUACUCGCUCUUUGUAUCGCGAUAAUAUGGGUGAAGCGUAAAAGACCCCUAGGGCCACUUCCCCCGGGCCCGCAGCCUAAGCCAAUCGUGGGAAACAUCGCCGACCUGCCGCCUCCGGGUGUGCAAGAUUGGAUGCAUUGGCUAAAGCAUAAAGAUCUAUAUGGGCCCAUCAGCUCCGUUACGGUGAUGGGACAGACACUCAUAAUCCUAAAUGAUAUUUGGACGGCAUCAGAGCUACUACGCAAACGCGCCUCGCUGUACUCAUCACGACCACAUAUGGUCUUUGCGUCUGAAAUGGUGGGCUGGGGCCAUGCGUUAUCUAUGCAGCCAUACACCGAGCGGUUUAAAGCAUAUCGGAAGCUUCUGAAACCAUAUUUUGGCUCAGAGAGGGCCGUUUCACAGUAUGCUCCGCUGCAGGAGGUAGAGGCCCAUCGCUUUUUGUGGCGUGUUCUGAAGGACCAAGAUAACCUCACACAGCACAUCCAGACGGAGGCUGGAGCUGUUAUUCUCAAAAUAACAUAUGGUUAUAGGGUUGAGCCGCACAAGCAAGAUCUGCUGGUGAACCUUGCUAAUGUUGCACUUGAGCAAUUCUCAAUUGCCUCGACGCCAGGUACUUGGCUUGUGGAUAUAUUGCCGGCAUUGAAAUAUGUCCCAGCCUGGUUUCCCGGUGCUGGUUUCAAGCGAACCGCGCAGGAGUGGAGAAAAGACCUCGAGGAAGUUGCGAAAAAGCCCUACGCCCUUGUUCAGCAACGGAUAGAAAAUGGCAAGUACGAGCCAUCAUUUCUCUCCGAUAUAUUUAAAUUAAAUGGGAUUCCAUCUUCUGGGUCAGAGGAGGAGCUAGUUGCCAGAUGGACAACGGCAUCGCUUUAUGGCGGGGGCUCCGACACUACUGUGUCUUCAGUUGGAACGUUUUUCCUCGCUAUGGCAUUGAACCUGGAAGUCCAACAUAAGGCACAAGAUGAGAUUGACCGGGUGAUCGGGCCUGGUCGCCUCCCCACAUCAGCAGACCGCAAUCGCUUGCCUUAUGUCAAUGCAGUGGUAAAGGAGGUCUUCCGUUGGCACCCUGUAGUACCGAUGGGGGUGCCACAUAUGUCGACGGCUGACGACACGUACAAUGGUUAUUACAUUCCCAAGGGGUCUCUUCUUAUGCCGAAUAUUUGGGCUAUGGCGCACGAUCCCGCAUUGUAUCACGAUCCUAUGGCCUUCAAGCCAGAACGUUUCCUGGAGAUCGAUGGCCGGGGCCCCGAAACAGAUCCGCACAGCUUCGUGUUCGGCUUCGGGCGUCGCAUCUGCCCCGGCCGGAUCUUGGCAGAUAGCACAGUUUGGCUCAGUGUUGCAAAGUCCCUUGCAGUGUUUGAAAUUAGCAAACCCAUAGAGAACGGUGUUGAGGUAGACGUAAAACCAGAAUUCCAGCCUGGAGUUAUCAGCCAUCCGGUCCCAUACAAGCUGCAGGUCACGCCCCGGAGUGCUGCACAUGCAGAGCUGAUACUAAUGGUGGAACAGGAACACCCUUGGGAGCAUGGUGACGGGUCAGAGUUACAGAAGGUCCCAUAUUAA